AUGAAAGGGUUGUCUCGGGAAGAUUUGUCAACAGACUUGAGCCGUCUGGACUUUGAUCUUGAGAGUUUACCUACUCAGCGUAGUUUAGGACUUCAGUGGGACUUGAAUAAGGACUACUUCCUGUUCGAUUGUCAUAUACAAGAUAGACCCGUCACGAAGAGAGGCCUUCUUUCAAGCAUUCAUAGUGUGUUUGAUCCUAUCGGCUUUUUGUCGCCAAUUUUGAUCAAUGGCAGGCUGAUUUUAAGAGAUGUAAUCGCUAGCGGUAUAGAAUGGGAUUUACCUCUGACCACAGAAUUUGAGGCCAAGUGGUACAAUUGGCUAGGCAGUUUAGCAGAUUUGGAGUGUGUGAAAGUCAGUAGAAGUCUGUUCAAUGUGUCACUUUCAGAAAUGUCCAAUCCUGAACUUCAUGUAUUCUCAGAUUCGUCAGAAAAGGCAAUAGCAGCAGUAGUGUAUGUGGUAGGGUGUUCCAGUGCUGGUGAGAAAAAGGCCAGUUUUGUGAUGGGUAAAGCUAAGGUCGCCCCAGCUAAAGGUCAUACUAUUCCUCGUUUGGAACUUUGCGCUGCUGUUUUGGCCACAGAGCUGUACACUUUAGUUUCUGAGAAUCUUGGUGUCAAUAUCGCCGAUACUCAUUUCUAUACAGACAGCAGAGUAGUGCUAGGUAACAUAGGAAACCAAACCCGUGGGUUCCAUACUUACGUCAGUAAUAGAGUUCAAAAGAUCAGACGUGUAAGUUCUCCAAAGCAAUGGAGAUAUGUAGCAACAGACAAAAACCCUGCAGACAUCGGUACUAGAGGAGCCAGUCCCAAAGAAUUGCAGGAUGGCUUGUGGUUGUCAGGUCCAACUUUCCUUUGCACUCAGGAAACCCCUAUGUCGAAUGAGUUCUUUCCACUUCUAAACCCACAAUUAGAUGUUGAAGUUCGCACAGAUGUUGUUACCAUGAAAACGUCUGUUGGUAGCAAUGCUCGCUUGGAAACAGACCGUUUUGAGCGCUUCUCAUCUUGGAGUAGAUUACUGCUUGCUCUAAGUGUUCUAGUGCAUGUUGUUUCGUCUUUCAAGAAGUGUUGUAGUCAGAGAGGUUGGCAUAGAUGUUCCAUCUCUAGUUCCCCAGAGAGUAAGUCUAGAGCUACUGAGGUUGUGCUCCGAGAAGUUCAGUAUGAUUGCUUCAAGGCAGAAGUUGAUGCUCUUUCCUCACAGAGCCCUGUAGGUAGUAGUAGUACUCUGGUUGCAUUGGAUCCAUUUCUGGAUGAUGUAGGAUUGCUGCGAUUCGGUGGACGCCUGCGUCAGGGUGACUUUCCAAUAGAAGAGAAACACCCCAUAAUCUUAGCCGCAAAACACCAUGUCACUAAGUUGCUCAUACGUCACUACCAUGAAUCCAUUCAGCACCAAGGGCGCUUAUUCACUGAAGGUGCAGUAAGGCAGGCAGGUUAUUGGAUUGUUGGAGGGUGA